UACUAUGUCUGUACUUAUUUAAUAAGAUGUUUAAUCUACUUUUGCGUCUAAACUUGAUGAACUUGUAACUUAAUGAACGUUAUCAACGUAAAUUAAUAAAAGUAAAAAAUGUCUCAGUAUUUUAAGGGAGCAAUUUUUGGCUUUAAAUUACAUACAUAAUAUUAAAACAAGUAUUUUUAAUAUCUUGAGAAAAUUGAAUUAGUCUUUAAUAAGGAAUUAAUGUCUCAUAUCUCAAUAUACCAGAGAGACCAAUAAUGAAUAUGAAAUCGCUUCCUCUAUGAUUUCAACAAAGCCUGAAAGUUUUCUAACGCAAUAAAAAAUAAUGUAUAUAAUACGCGAUUUCAUGUUGUCAAUCAUUAUGCAACAGUAAUUGCCAUUUCUACUACGCGUAUGCAGAAAAAUUUCAUUGGUUUUGUAAUUGCGUAAAGUAUACAAAGCUGAGCGCGGCUCAGUCACGCAUGCGAUCAGCAUGUUACGUACCUCGUCUCGCUUCUUUGCCAAUCCUCGUAUUCUUAUAUAUGAUUCUGAAUCGCGUGGCUCAUUACGGGCUACCGAUGUGAAAGUGCAUCGCAUCGCCGCUGUUAUUUCCGCGCAUUAGCGAAUGCCAUUCGGUUCCUCGCGGUUGGCAGACAGCGGCGGGCUUGGAAGGAGCGGUCGCGUCGGAUCCGUUGGAGCUCCGGGAGGGUUGCGUCGUUCGUUUAACGGGCUGGGGUAAUGGGGGAUGCGAGGGAGACAGGGUAGGAGGACCGGAGGCGAACCAGUGGCCGUUUUGUUUAGCGAAUCGCCGCGAUAUCCGGAACACAAUGCGCGAUAUCCAAGCCGCUUGUUCCGGGAUACAUUGUUUCCGUUCUUCGGAGUUCUGGCCGCGUAUGGAAAUGCAGUAAUCACUUAAAGCAGAUCUGUGCCGACGACCAUCAUCGGCACAGCGAACGGGAAAGGACCCAGGUAUUGUGUGCAAUCUCAUCGGGAGUCGUGCGGGCACAGCACGUGCACGCAGCUCUCUCCUUCAUACGCUUGGUUGUUCUCUUCUUGAAAAUUCUCGAUGAAACUGUUAUUGUUUCAUUUUGUUUUCGAAAAGUUUAAUUUCCGAGAUCAUUAAUUGAAAUUGGACAAUCUCUUUUAAAAACAGAUAGAUGCGAUAAAGAGUAUCAGUCGAAGAGUAGGAUCAAUUGCCCAAAUUACCUGAAAAAAACACAAUUUUUAAGAUUAGUUGGAAUUUAAUAAUAUCAAUAAAAAACGCAGUUAUGUAGAAAUUAAAAUUUAAUAAUUCUGUAUGAAGAUAAUUAAAUUUGGGAAUUAUAUCAGUUAAGACUUAAUGAUUUAUAUUUAUAUUGCUAAUUGAGUUUUCGCAAUUUUAAUCCGAAAUAUGUAAUCUCAAAUUUCGCAUUAGACACGCGACAACAGAGUGGAAACAUGUGAAGGAAGGCUAAGAACAAAAGGCGACUUCCGCAAGAGCCGAAAAUAGGCGCAUCCGAUAUCCAACAGAUGCUGCAGUGGGUGGAAAGAGAAUAAGAGAAAUAUUGGGAGUGAGUUUGAGGAUGAAAAGGGGGAGGAAAAGAGACAGAGAGAGAAGGAGAAGGAGAUCGAUCGAGGAAAUGAUGGAGAGGGAGAUCGACAUAUUAAAUAGGUGGGCAACGACUGCGAGUGCCGGCCAGCCCAAUGAGCGGUAAAUUAAGCGGAAAUCUUCUUGGUAAGAUUCGGCACGGGGCCGCGGUUGAAUCCUUGGGAGGAGUCCCUCGCGCAGGAAAUUUAACUUCCGCUCUUCGCAUCGCGCGAUCGCUCGGGGAUUUGCGAAGGCAAUUUAUCGUCUAUUCUUUUUUAAUUGAAAUAGUCUCGCAAAACCCGUUAUCCUUUAUAUUUCUUUCCGCAUUAAAUGCAAUCGUAAAGUAUCGUCGAGACGUUGAGUCCAGCUUAUGUAAAGUCGUCUUCGAUUUUUUACAAUAAAAUGAAAAUCAGCUGUUCAAACAUACAUAUCUACAUUGCACCGUUCCCGUUGUGAACGAGCGUAUCGCGAUUCUUGAUCCCUCGCAAAAAGCGACGAACGUUCUCAUCAACACGUAAAAGAAAAUCACGCGGUUCCCGGAGGAAGAAAGGACUUCCUGUUAAAAAGAUUAAGAGAGAUCCAACGGCGAGCCGAAGAUCGGCCGGAUAUCGCGAAGCGGGAGAGCUCACCCCUUCAUGUCCGCGACCGCGUCAGUGGCGGUACGCUGCGACGCGCGUUGCCACCCCUUUACCCUCCAAGCCUCCAGCGCUCAAUCUCUCUUCAUCUCUCUCUUUCUCUCCCCGCGUCGUCACCCCGCUCUCUACCUCCAUCCGCAGCGUAAUGAAUCCAGUUUGUCGAACUCCACCGCCUUCUACGGCGCGCCGCGCCGGGGAGAUUUUCCCCCGACCUAACUACCCAUCCAUCCAUCCAUCCAUCCAUCCAUCCAUCCAUCCAUCCAUCCAUCCAUCCAUCCGUUCCAACCAUUCCAUCCGUCUGUCCGUUCGCUGGUAUAAACUGCAACACGCGAACCACUGUGCUUUUCGGUGCCACCCCCGCAACGGCGGCCAACCCGCGCGCAGUCAUUUCGCAUCUCUCCGCCGGGGCAUCCGCCUUCCUCACCCCGCGCGCCGCGCGUACCCGAUGCCCGUAAUUACAUCGAGUUCCCUUGACGAUGGGGGGAAACGGGAAGGAGGGUAGGGUAGAGGUUCUAAUUAAUCAGCUAGCCGCACCGCGCGCGAAUCGUUCUCGACACACGCGCUGCGGCACGCCUAUAGGUUGACCGUCGACCAAAGCACCGAGCUCCUCUUCGCGGGGCCUCCCUUCCCCCUCACUCCUUCACGUACAUCCUUCCGCCACCCUCCCCCAGGCUGGUGUUGUUAACCCGUUAGUUAGUCGCGUUCAAUUCGUGUAGCGUAAUUAGUCGCGCGGGGUCAUUAUGCGUGACCUCGUUACAUUACGCUAUUACGUAACGCUAUUACGUUACGCUAUUACGUAAUUUGCCGCUGAAUUAAAAACUAAUAAUCUUACCUAAUUGGUUUUUAAUUUCAUCUUCAAUAAGAAAUGAAGAUAAUAUAUAUAUAUAUAUAUUUUUUUUUUCUUCUGCUGAUUUAUUGUACUGAGAGAAGAGCAUUAAGCAGUCAUAAUUUUGUCUUUCACUUUGUCCACAGCAUUUUUUUGGCAUUGUUUCCGGUAAAGAUAGUGUUUUGGUAUACCUAUGACAAUGUGCAACUAAUUAAUCUUUAAAUCAGAACAUAUAUUGAGUAGAAAAAUAUGUAAAAAAUAAAAAAUAUUCGGUGAGUACUAAAUAACAGUAUUUAUUUAUACCGAUAUACAAAACUUAUUUAUUUAUUUAUUUAUCGGUUAUUUAUAUCGAUAUACAAAAUAUUUUCCAAGUGAAAACAUUCAUCUUUUUGAAACCUCAGUUUUUCAUGAAAACAAUUAUUUAUUUUACUUAAAUAAAACGAAUUAAAUUUAAGCAAAUAUGCGCUAUUUAGUACUCAUCAAAUAAUUAUUUCUUAUGUUUUUAAUAUUUCUUCUCUCAAUGUAUAUGAGCGAUAUUUGUAAAGACAGAUAAGCGCUAAAGGCAAGGAAAGUUAAAUACAUGCAAUAACGAUCUUACAACGAACGACAUAAAUUUACAUACCUGCGAAUGGUCCUUCCUUUUCCAAUCGCGAGUACUUUUUGCUCAAUACUUUUUGAUCAGUAAUAACAUCUCCGGCUGGAGCGUUCUCGCGAAUAUCGUUUACCAGACCGGGCCGAAUUCAAACCGGAACGCGCAACGAAGGGUUAAUCGGUUCAUCGCUCGCCGCAGAACGGGGAAAAUCGACGUUCUUUGUUCCCGGGUCUUUCAACAGCGGAUCUUCAUCGCCCCUCUUUAGGAGAGCGAGAGAGGGGGAGGACUUCGGGAAACAUUGGUUUCGGGCAAUAAUUACUCGCCGGAAACCACUAACCCGAGAAUACAGGACCGGAGGCUUCGUCACGGCCACAGCUGCGGUGACGUCGCGCUAAUGAAUCUAUUUUGCCGAUUCUCCAUAUCGGCUCUUUCUCCCGCCAUUUCACCCCGUUCCUACCUCUCUCUUUCCUUGUCUCUGCCGUUAUCAUUCCGGUAUCCCGAUCGGACAAAAAGUAACAACGUUUUUUAUCGAUAUCGAUGCGAAGGAAUAUCCUAUUGUAUAAUGAGAUUUUCUGUAAUUGAUUUAUAGUCAAUAAUAUGAAAAUUACCGCAAAAAUUAUGCUAUUUUUUAAUAUAAAAAUCAGACCUUAUGUAGUGUUGUUACGACGUGUUGGCCAUUUUUAAUUACUGGUGCGACAUCUAUCGGCGAGACAUCAUGACUUUUACUUUACUUACUGAUCGAGUAGAAUUACUAAUUAGUCGAUCCGACGACCUUUUCGACUAUUUUAUCAACCGAGAAAAUGGACGGUUUGAGAGAUGUGGGAUCAUAUCGAACAUUAGAACACACCUACGCCAGAACUUGGUGAACGCUUUGAAGGGUAAGGAUUUAGGGCUUUGUCAAAGUAGAGAAGCAAGAUCGGCAAAACAGUAUGUUCACGAUAUGUUAAUAGCUGAAUAUCUAUUUAGUCACAAGUACUCCUUUACCUUGUCGAUAUUUGCUAGCGAGGUUCCGCUUUUAGUAAACUUUUGCAAUAGUGUGCCACAGCACUCUGACCACAAUGACAGAGAUGGUGGCAGCAGGUUUAAGUUACAGAAUGAUUACAUAGAACAUACCUUGGAAACACUGGGCAUUGAUCCAAAAAGGCCUGAAGGCCAACAUAUCAUAUCGAGUUACUUGAAUAGUGAAGCAUCUCUGUUGUUAUCCAUACUAAACUAUAUAAAUUCCCUUGCUGUUAGCACUCAGUCUUCAGUCAAAAAAAGUCCUCUGUAUGACAAAGAAACACAAGUUAAUUUAGCUCUGGAAGCAAAUGUUAUGGAUAUAACAAAAAUAUAUGCAAUGAGAAGAAAAAUUGUGCAACAGAAACAAUUGUAUGAUGAUGAAUUAAAGACAAAAGAGAGAAAAUUAAAACAGCAAGCCUCUGUUAUAAAAUAUCAGCUCAAUUCUCUGAAUGCAAAAUUGGAAGAAGCUCAGGAUUUAAUGCAGUCUUUGACACUGAAAGAGAAACAGUUCAAUGAGAAGAAAGAUAGCGAGGUACGAAACAUUUUACAAAAAGAAAUGGAAUUGUCUAUGAAACAAAAUUUCUUAACACAGGAAGCUGACAGGUUACAGAAAGAACGAGAUAGUUAUAGGAAAUUCGAGAAUGAUUUGAAGAAACUCCAACAGGAGCUUGUAAAGAUGCAGAAGGAAAUGUCGCAAGGCGCGCAAAAUCAGAAUGGCCAAGUCACGAAUGUCAGAAACAUUCACGUGCAAACCGACUUGGAGAGCUGCGUGUUGAUGGACGAAUGCAAGGCACUGCAGAGAGAGAAACUGGAGCUAUCGAAUCUCGUGCAAGAGCAACGAUCCAGAAUAGAGCAGAUCACUCUGCGUAGCGUACAGCUAUCGCGUCAAUUGGAGGAAGUGCGUUCGUUGCGAACGGUCGUCGGCGAAAUACCGGUUCCCGCAGCCGGAGUCGUCAGCACGAACGCGAUCAGCGAAAGCAGUUCUACGGAGGAUAUUCUACAGGAUGCUAAGAUGAGACUGAAGCGCUUGGAAGAAGAGAGUUCAAAGGCCGAUCAGUAUUUCUGCAGUUUUGUCAGCACCUCUUCGUAGCGAAUAAGAUAUUAUAAAACUUCGUUCGUGAAAUUCAUUCAUCUAUUUAUUUAUUUAUUUAUUGUCAUUGUAUUAUGUACGAUUGAUAUUGUACAACAUACAUCAUGCACAUCACCUAUAAGAGUUGCAACUUUUCUUCGUCCUUCUACGUUAAUAAGGAAAGAAAAAACAAUUGAAACAAACAUAAAGAAAGCAAUUUUGUUUGUGAUCAGACAAUUAGAUAGUUUAUUUUAUAAAAUUGGAUGUUAACUUAAUAUACAAAUUAUCCACUAUUUCUUCUUGCUUUAUUUCGAAUUCUACGAUCAUUACAUGCAACACCAAUAUAGUAUAGAAAAAGUUAAGUCGAGGUCUUCUCUGUUGUUGUACAUCAUCUCCGUUUCGGGUCUGAACUCCUCCUGGUGCACUUGAGUUAAGGAUUAUAUCACAUUUACACAUACAUUUAUACAAUUAUAGAUAUUCGAACAUUUGAUCAACGUGAAAAUAUUAUCGUGAUAUUAACGAAUUGAAAAAAAAUAGCAAGAAUAUUUUUACAUUUAUAUGAGCGAAUAUUUUUACAUUUAUAUUGCGCUCGAUAUUUAAAAGUAUAGAAAAGGAUAUUGUUUAUCACGGCUCUCACGGCCUUCGCGUUCAUGAGGACGAUCCUUUGCGUAUGGAGAUUUUUCCUGAAAAUAGAUUCUUGAAUGAAUCUUCCGUAUGUCACGAUUUCUUGCGGCUGACAUUGGGUACUUGAGACUGUCACCUAUACUUUCUUGUUUUUGCUAUUGCCGUCCAUUUCGUCCCUUUAACGUACUCGAAGUAGACGUCUUUAUCAACUAUGAAGUCAAGUAAUAGAAAGUUGUUAAGAAAAUAAUAAUCUGGAUUCUUCUUUUUAUGAAAGAAGCCAGCUAAUUAGAAGAAUCUACAGAAAAAAUUGCGGUUUCUACAUAAGAAAUAUUACAAUAUAUAAUGUUGCAAUAAAUUUUAUCAAAAUAUUCGAAAUACAAAAUCGGAAAUACGCGUAUUUUCCAAGAUAUAAGACUGUGAAUACAUUAGUUAUAUACACUUCAGAAAGUUUUCGCGAACUUUAAUAUAUAUUAAAGAUUACAAUCAUUAUUUCGUCAUUAAUCUAGUCAUACUGCACGUUUCUUCAAGUUUUAAGUUUCUCGUACUCUGCGUGCAUGUGUAACCUAAAAAGUUUUGUUACAAAUUUGGAAAAGCAUUGUACAAAAAUAAAAAAUUGUAAGAAAUAGCUACAAUUUAUUAUUAGCAAAUAAGAAAAUUUUAAAAAUAAUAGAACAAUAAGACAGGCACUUUUUGUACCCCAUAAGUGGAAUUAUAUAGAAUAUGAAAGAAUUAGUGAAAUGACAGUAGUUUAUAUAAUAAAUUAAAAAAAAAAUGUAAUAUAUAUAUAUAGGUGUUUUUGAUUACGUUUUUAACGAAAGCUUUAAUUGUGUUAUCACUGUUAUCAAUGUUAAUAAAAUGCUGAUUAAUAAUA